AGCAAAUGAAAAUGGGAAGUAUGUUAACAGGAUUUAUGAAAGUUGAUUUAGUUUCUGAGGCUGAAAAGCUGUUCCAACAAUGGAAAAGUAAUAUAAAGAGUAAAAAAUGCAAUGAUUCCAAAGAGUCAAAAAAGUAUGUCCGUCAAAAGGUUAGGUGCACAGAAGAAGACUGCGAUGCAUACAUAAUUGAUCUUCCAAGACAUCGAAGAAAUAUACAUAAUAUUGAUCCUGAAACAGCAAGGAAAGCAAGAGGGUUUUUUGAUCUAAGAAAAACAAGAUCUGUAGAUGAAGGUGAAAAAUCUAAAAAUAAAACAAAAUACAGAUGUCCUAUUUGUAGCAUUGCUACAAAAAAUAUACAUGAUCAUCUUUAUAGAUCUCCGCAUUAUCUUAAAAAUAAUUUGCCUAAAUAAAGAGAGAUGCUCAGCAAAAAGCAACUUUAUAUUGAAAGUAAACAAUUUACAGUUUCACUAUCACAAACAAAAAAACAAUCUGAAUUGAUUGAUAUAAAGUCUGCUUUACCAAAUUCAACCAGGUCAGGAUUGAUGAAAACAUUGCCAAAUGAAGUCUGUUUUAAAUCUUCUUGCUUGCCAAAUGAACAUAAUAGUAAUCCUUGCAUUGAUGCAUUAAAUGCAGAUGAUUAUAUUUGCAAUGAUUUUAAUGAAACAAAUAAUACAAUUGAAAAAGGAGAAAAUAACCAUAUUUGUUUUCAAGAUUAUCUGCAUACGUUUCUUCUUUAUUUAAAAAGUCCGUCUGGAGGAAAGAAAGAUCCCCAAGCUGCAUUAAA